AUGGACGACAGAGCCCUAGGCGUGCUAAAUCCUAUGGGAGACGACUGGACCUUUGCGGCAUCCUAUAUCUCUCAACCUCUCCCAUGGGAGCAAUGGUGCUCGAUAGACCAGCUAGGACCAUUUGGUUCAUCGCAAGAUGAGACUAGUACGGUAAACAGCGUCUACGCGCCGACCGUUCCCUCACCUCCCAAUAGCUUUGUAUAUCGCAGCGAUACCAGAUUGACGGAUGUUUGGAGCGACAACAACCCUAUGACCGAGUCUCCCAAUCUAUGGGGUAGCGACAUCCCCGUUACGGAGAUUUCACCUUCUUCUAUGCUUUCUGAGCCCAACCUGCGUCAAAAGCGAAAUCACGAUACUAACCGCUUUCCAUCUUGCAAGCCCGAUAGACGAAGUUCGUCUCGCGACAUAGACAUGGACCCGCUGGCAAAGGAGAAGACACAGCAUGCAAGUUUUCGCGGCAAUAGAAGUGCCAGGGGCAACAACGCUUACGCAGUCCAACAGCGCAAUGACGACAUGAAAAGGGCCCGGGAGCGGAACCGACUCGCAGCCAACAAAUUCCGAGCCAAGCAGAGGGAUGACCUGCUGAGACUCGAGUCCAGCGAGCAGGACCUGGAGCGCAUCCAUCGCGAUCUUUCAACUUGCGUGGCAGACCUAACUCUCGAGAUUUAUAUGCUUAAGAUGGAACUUCUACAGCAUUCGGGAUGCAACUGCGCCCUCAUCCAGAACUACCUCGCCCACGAGUCUCAGCGAUAUGUACAAGCGUUAAAGGGGGGGAUUCAGCGAGAGGCCACAUCUCGGCAGCCGGAGCAGCCUGGACGGAGCGAUCAAGGGCAAAGGCGGGACUAG